AUGAAGACCACAUUGCACGCUCUUGCUACCGUGGCCAGCCUUCCACUGACGCUGGCUGACUGGCAGUACAAGUCGAGGACGGAUCUCGCUCCGCCACGCCUUAACAUCACCAUCCCUGCGAGUAGCGAAGUCGAGAAGGGCUACCUGUUUGUAGCUCCAUUCGCAGGCAUCCACGACACCGUAUCGGAGCAACACGGUCCUCGACAAGCUGGCCCGUAUAUCUUCCGUGAUAACGGUGAUCUUGUCUGGAGUGGAUACGGCAUCUACAGCAUCUGGUCUACCAAUUUCCAAGCUGCAUGCUGGAAAGGCAAGGACGUCCUAUUCAGCUUUGAAGGCGAUCACAACGCGGGCUACGGUCAUGGCCACGGGCAUACGACGUUUAUGGACCAGCACUAUGAGACCAUUCGUGAGCUUCGCGCCGGCAACCAUAAGUUGACGGAUAAGCAUGAGUUCCACCUCCAUAACGAGGAGACUGGGCUCAUUCAGAUCUAUCAGCCCGUGCCUCGUGAUCUGACGCCGUGGGGAGCUAGUCCGGAGCAGCAGUGGAUUGUCAAUGCUAUGAUUCAAGAACUCGACAUUGAAACCGGCAAGCUCCUCUUCGAGUGGUCCAGUCUCGAUCAUGUUGAUCCUGACGAGGCCGUUCUGCCUAUCAAUCCUGGCCAAGCAGGCUCAGGAUACAACAGUUCUGACGCUUGGGACUAUUUCCACAUCAACAGCGUCGACAAAGACGACAGUGGCAACUACCUCGUCUCUGCCAGAGAUGCCUGCGCCGUACACAAGAUCAACGGCACUAGCGGCGAGAUUAUCUGGCGUCUCAACGGAAAGAAGAGCGACUUCGAGAUGGGCCCGAAUAGCAAGUUCUGCUUCCAACACCAUGCUCGCUUCUACGAGCAGUACGAUGACAUUGAAACCAUCUCGCUCUACGAUAACAGCGCUCAUGGCACAGAGAAUGGUGGCGGCAACGAAGUCCACACCGCUCCAACCAGCAGUGGCAAGAUCCUCAAGCUCAACACAACAUCAUGGCAAGCAGAACUCGUGCAAGGCUUCUACCCGCCCGACGACUUACUCUCCAAAUCCCAGGGCAGCACUCAGAUCUUGCCAAACAAGAACGUCCUCGUGAACUGGGGCUCUGAAGGCGCGAUGACUGAGUACCUUCCAGACGGGACGCCCAUCUUCCACGCAUACAUGGACAGCGGCGCUCUCGGACUUGGAGUCGAGAACUACCGCGGCUUCAGAUACAACUGGACCGGUCUGCCACACGAGGUGCCAGCUAUUACUUCCCUGGAGAAUGGGCAGGGAACGAGCAUCUAUGUCUCCUGGAACGGCGACACGGAGACGAAGCUCUGGCGUUUCUACGAGCAGACAGAUGCUUUCGGCAGUCGAGCAUUUCUAGGCGAGGUCGAGCGGACGAGCUUUGAAACCGCCUUGCACGUUAAGGGCAUGAAAGUCGAUGGAGCAGUCGCUGAAGCCAUCGAUGCCAGUGGAAGACUUUUGACCGUAUCUGGGGUGGCUGCGGUUGAGCCAGAGGUUCUGCCACGGGUUGCUGUGCAGAUUGUCUCAGACGAGCCAUGCGCUGAGGCUGAGACGAGCCGCUGGUGGAAAUACGGACUGUUGAAGGUCCAGCGUGGAAAGUAUUCGCUGGACGUUUGA